AUGGCGAAUAAUAUUACAAACAUAAUCAGUAUCAUUGUGAAUCCGCUCCCUCCCACCCCCCAGUCCUCGCCUUCUCUCUCUGCUUCCGGGACCUCUCGGUCCAUAAGUGAAAAGUUGGUGUCCACGCCAGGCUUUUGGGCCUUGUUGGCCGUGGUCAUUGUCCUCCGCAAUGUCGGUACGGGCGAGCAGCGCGAGGAGACCUGCAGGGAUCUUCCCGCAGGGGAUGAUGUGGAUGGCCGUCUGCUUGCCGUGACCCCGGCAACCCCCACGACCCCGGCCACCCCCCAGAACCCCCAGACCCCCACCCCGCCCAAGAGGAAGAAGAGGAGGCUGGCCAUCUCAAAAUUGUCCAGCGGGAGUACCGCGGUGCGCAACACCUUGCACGGGCUGAAAGAGGCUGAAAAAGCCCUUCGCAAUUGA